AUGGGUGGCCAAGUAUCCAAGAUGAUGGGCAAGAUUUUUGGCACGAAGGAGAUGCGGAUUCUUAUGCUGGGUCUAGAUGCUGCUGGAAAGACAACUAUUCUCUACAAACUUAAACUCAGCAACCAGGAUGUGACCACCAUUCCCACUGUCGGAUUCAACGUCGAGAGCGUGACCUACAAGAAUGUCAAGUUCAAUGUCUGGGAUGUCGGUGGUCAGGACAAGAUUCGACCCCUCUGGAGACACUACUACUCUGGCACGCAAGGAUUGAUCUUCGUGGUUGAUUCUAGCGACACAGCACGUAUGGAGGAAGCUCGCUCGGAGCUGCACAAGAUCAUCAACGAUCGUGAAAUGAAGGAUGCUCUGCUUCUCGUGUUUGCCAACAAGCAAGAUAUCGGCGGCCACCUGAGCCCCGAGGAAGUCACCCAGCAGCUUCAGCUGACCAAGCUCAAGGACAAGCUCUGGUACGUUGCGCCCAGUGUCGCGACAGAUGGCACAGGUAUUUUCGAGGGCCUGGCCUGGCUCUCAAACAACGUCAAGACCCAGCCCCAGAAAUAA